AUGGACUCGGAGGAGUCGGACUUUUACGGAGACGAGGAUGUUAUUGAAGGGCUAGAGGCCCGCGUCAAUUCAUUCAAUGUCGCCCAAUGGUGGGAGGAGACGAGGGCGGUCCAACUCAACCGGAGAGCCAAGGCGGAGCCAACGGACAGCACCAAGCUGCAUAACCCAUACGUAGGUGUACCGUAUGCGUGGCAACUAACCGAGACCGUCAGUGAUUUCCUCAAUCGCCUUCCUCCCGAGACAACUGAGGGCACUGCCGAGGUUCCCUGGAUUUUCAUCUGUAACCCGUUCAUUCCUCGGAAGAACAGGUUUCUCGCACAAAACCAGUUCAGCAAAGGCAAUGAGGAUGAAGCUCCAGAAGAGGAUGGAUCACAGCUCAACACCUUAGUUGAAGGAGGCACCGAGAGGUUGCGCAUUCUGCGCAGCUUUGUUGACGGCAUCCACAGGACGAAAAAGUCUGCGACAGCAAAGCUGUUAGAGAUCAACCACGAGAAGAAGCAGGCAGUCAAGGACGUCCUAUCUCUCGCGCAUGCGUGCAAAGUUAGGUCUGGGAAGAUAAAACUGCUGACGAACAGCUUCAAUGAACAGUGGCUUCUUUUUUGUUCGCCUCGAGACGUGAAUGAGGUAUGGGCGAUCAUUGCCAGGGCCACGGCAAACAACGAGCUUGGCAUCGCUGCUAAAGUGGCACCAAGACAAGACGCAACCGGCCGCAAAGAUCGAAUGAUUGCUGUUUACACUGCCGAUUUCAACGAUGUCACAGACGUGAUGAGGGUGUUGCGUCGGCUCCGGGAGCUGAAAGUGGUGGAGGCGAUGGGACGGCCUAUCUAUUAUAAGCCGGACGCCUUUACAUACAUUGGGGUUGCCCACGGGAACCAGUGGGAUAUCAAAGCAUCCAUUCACAGUUCUCUAGAUAUCAUGCCCAAGCAAUAG